UCUCUUCCACAUCGGUAUAAGGAAACAAAAUGAUUUACAGCAGGGGAAUUGAAGAUUAGGGUAUCAGCACAGCAGGAUGUAGACGCUAUCUAAAAUAAUAAAGUGCCUUUUGUUGAACAGCAUUUUGUGGGACAACUUUGGCAACAAAUGCAUUGAAGAGAUGAAUUCUCAAGCUGUCACACCGUUGUUGGCUGUUGCCAUUUGGAAAGUGAGAAAUACAGAAGGCAAAUGAAGAGCUGAUGAGAACAAGAGGAUCCUUUGAGGAUGACAAGGUCUUUAAUGUCCUUCUAUUACUUCAGAGAACAAGCUUUAUUGAUGGAUUAAAGGGGACAUUCUGAGACAUCCUCCUCAAGUGGCUCCUCAAGAUCAUGUUCCAGUUAGGGAUCAUACUGACUACUGCUUUUUCAACAAGACCUAGCUAAGUAUUUACACUUUGAAUGAGAGAGAAUUGGUCAGAUGAGAUUGGGAUUUUGGUGCCUUGUUCUUGUUGUUGUGGUGGAUUCUAACCCGGGAGUUAAAUGGUGCUGAUCAUAGAGGACUCAGGUGGAGGUGGAGGGACGUUGUUAAAAGUUCAGCAGAAUGGGAUCUCUGGAGGCCAGGCGGGGGCCGUCAGGGGUCCCAUAAAUGAGGAGUUGGAGGCGGUUGCAGGCGACAAAAAUGAGGAUCCUAAUGUGGGAGACAAUGAGGAUAACAACUAUUAUGAUGAUGACGACGACGAUGAUGUCUAUCAGGAAUUUGAAGAGUUUGACUUUGACACAUUGCCAGAUCGGCCAGAGGAUACCAGGAGUAUCGCCUCUGAUGACUCCUUCUAUCCACCUGAUGAGUCUCUCAAAUACAGGACUCCCAGCCCAGUCACCCCUGAACCUCUGUCUUUCUUCAUGGCCUGCUCCAAUAACAAUUCCAUCAUAGUGAAGAUUAUGAUAAGGCAAGGGGUGACAGAGGAGGAAGUGAGAGAAACAGAUAAGAACAACAGAAAUGGGCUGAUAGUAGCCUGUUACAUGGGCUGGGUGGAUGUGGUCAUAGCGCUCUCUCAGUGUCCCCACAUCGAUGUCAACUGGCAAGACAACGAGGGGAAUACAGCCCUCAUGACAGCUGCUCAAGCAGGUCACAUUAUGAUAUCCAGCUACUUGAUCAACUACUUCUCCAACCUGGACCUAGAGCGUAGGAACUGCCAUGGAUUCACAGCUAUGAUGAAGGCAGCCAUGCAAGGGAGGGCAGAUGUUGUUCGUUUGCUGAUGUUAUCAGGAGCGGACGUGGAGGCGAGGGACUACGGGCGCAAGAUGACCUCCAGGGAGUGGGCUUUGUUCACAUGCCGCUACGAGACGGCCUACCUGAUGAUGCGUCUGAUGGCCCAGCCGUGUGCCGAGCAGUUCUGUGAAUCCUACAAACUGGAGUGGCCCAUGCUGCAGGAGCUGGUGGCCCAACACCAGGAACCCAAGAACUGCUGGCAGAAGGUAGCAGACAAGGCCUGCUGUAGGUUCUCCCUCCGCAUGAAGACGGACCCUGUGGACGACGGUGUGAUGGACCACAUGGUGCGCAUCACCACCGCCCUGUCCAGCCCAUUGAUCGCCACCGCCUGCCACACCGUGGCCCUGAGAAGCCCGCCCUGCAUUGGGAAGCGGCGCUAUGCUGUACCGGAGAUCCUCAGGAAGCAGCGAGUGGACGAGCUGAAGUGCCUGGGCCCCGACCGGAUCAACAACUACAAGAAGCUGUUCAAUAACUCCCGGGUGCAGUUGGUUCCUAAGAAGACAGACCGGAGGGCCAGCUUGCAGACCCAAAUGUUGCAGGAGGUUGCGGUGGCCGGUACGUCUGCCCUGAGGCGUGCCAGCUUGCUGCCCCUGAAUAUGAUGAGGAGGAGCAGCGUCAGGCCGGGCAUUGUGAUCCCCAAGGUGAGGCUGUGCAAGGCCCCCUCGGGGCCCGCCUCCGAGAAGAGAAGGAAGAGCAAGGACCCUGCGCUCCUCCAGCUCCCCAAGUGGAGGUACAAACAGGCUAAGGAGGAGAGGAGGAGGCAAGAGGAGGAGGAGAAGCAGAGACGUUUUCCCACAGUGAGGAGGCGGUGAAAGAAUUGAGCUAUGAGGAGAGGGCAAAGAAAUGUCAGGAGCCUUGGGAGGUGAGCCAACCUUUUAUUACAAUUGGUUCUGAGCUGAAGAGUUGAAGUGAUCACCUGCGUUCGAGAUUUGAGGGACUUUGCUACUAGAUUAUACCGUAGCCAUGGAGCACCAUGUCUUCCUGUCCUACAUUUGGGUACUCUGUGUUGGGAUGGGAACACUUGGCUUGAACUGUGCACUCACAGUGAGGAAUUAAUACUUGAACUUUGAUCCAGAUUUAUUUUUGUAUGCAUUCUUCAGAUUAUGACUAUGUUUGAUAUUUCCAUUGUAAAAGGAUAACUCACGCUAACACAAUAUUACCUCUGCACAUUGUUUAUUGUGUCAACGUUUCAGUCAGACAUCCCCCAAAAAUACUGACACCUACUGCAUAUUUAGGUUUAUCUGAAUGUUAAGGAUAUUCUCAAAGCAGACAGUACACUAAUCAGUUGGAUGUUUCCUCAACUGUUAAUAAAGGAUACAUGUACGUACACUCCCCUAUAUAUACUCCAGCAUUUUGGAACAGAAUGUUAGCUUUUAUUUGAAGGUAUCUUCAUACAUAUCUUUUUUACCAUUUAGAAAUGAUUGCACUUUAUGUAUCUAGUCCACACCCCCCCCAUUUGAAGCUGUCAUAAAUAUUUGUACAAAAUAGUGAUGUGAUCAUGAAUAGAUAUAAGGAGGGGUAUGGCAAUUUCUACUGUAACACUGAAGGAGCAAAACCAUCUUCUGCAGGGUAAUGUGAUUGCACAAUACAGAUGUAGCAGGACAGGUGGGGAAUUAUCCAUUAAAAGAACACAGCAAGGGCUGUUAAAGCUAUGCCAACAGAACACUGAGC